CGUCUCUCCUCAGUCGACGUCAAGCCGUCGCGACGCGUGCGUAAUAUCUUUCGCCGGUUUCGCGAAGCUCACGAGACUCGCGUGUCCCGCAGCACAGCGUGGCUCGGUACCGAGGCUGGUUCGGCCACCUGUUCGCUCCAGGAAGUCGCGACAGAAGGAUCGGCCGCGAGAGAGGCGAACGUGGAUCGUCAUCCCCCGUGGCAGCCACUGGAGGACAACGCAGCCGACCAGCGUCUCGCGAAUUUGCGCGUGAUUACGGCCGCGAUUCAUCUCGCCGGGUAGACGUCGUUGUGCCGUGCCGUUCCAGGACGAUAUCUGUCGUGAUACAACGUGCUUUUGUUUGCCCCAAGGCUAGAAACGGAGAAGUCUGUGAAACCACACGUCUGUUCUCUGCCGCGGUGUGAACGAUCUGUGCCCGUGUUGGAAACACCGCGGGACUAUUAUCUAGGUGAUUAUCAGUGCGAUACACACACUCCUUGGAUUAUGACCGUCGGAUGACAGUCGGCAUGCCGCCGUCGUAGAAUCGACGCAGUCGUUCUCCCCGGUAGGACCUGUCCAAAAUGUCCAAGAUCAGCGUCGUACGUGCCGCUUAGCGAAUCAUCGCUGUCACGGAUUCAUCAGUAGGGAAAAAGGAAUUUCUUGCUCCUACCGCGGAAAACAACUAAAAAAAUUCAAAUAGUGCAGUGAUCCGGUGAAAAUAAACGGGGGGGGGAGGUGGACAGGACAGAGGAAGGAGGACAAGUGGUUGCCGUCGAAGAGUCCUGGUGAGCGUAAAUGGUCGAGGGCACGGUGAACCGGGUUUACAAGCGAACAGCCGUUCAGUGAGCAGCCGUUGGGAGCGCGGAGAGACGCGCUGCUACGAUCGCGAGGGAUGCGGCCCAUGGGCGUAGGGUGGGGUCUUUGGGCACCGAUAAGGCUUAUCCGAAGAUACGAUGGCCGACUGCUCGGCUGUUGUCGUCAGUCGUAGUGCUCAGGUGGCGUCGACGGGAUCGCCGUUCGGUUUAACUCACGCUGAUACCGCCGCGGGUUCGCGUCUCUUCCACGCUCGAGCGCCACGAUCGCACGCCGUCGAUCGAGUCCGACUGAUCGGCGCCGAAUUAACGACUGCCGCUGCCGCGGAGAUACGGGAGGACCUGGAGGAAGAGGAGGCCGUUUGAGCCGCGCCGAGACAGAGUGAAACAGCGAUUCAAGGAACUACGAUAACUGGGACUCAACAUCUGCCCGAACGUUGGUCGGCUUAUUCGAAAUCUACCGUGGUAAUCGGUCCGCUAAAAACAAGUAUCCAGUGCUCGUAUUCACGCGUAAUACGUGUCGUCGCAUGAACAGUGCUCCCUGGUACCUUCGACAGUGAUUCGUGAAUAAAUCCUCUCCGGGGAAAAGUGUGACGGAUAAAUCAUCGAGGAGGAAAAAGUAGUGCGUUUCCGUUUUAUUAAAAAAUUCUACGGGUGAAAUUGUUCGUACGCGUAAAAGGUAGAGUUUGAGGGUUGACGCCUUCAAACCGGAGACGACGAAAUAAUCCUGUCUUCCUCAAGGAUAAGCGAGGCCGAGGGAAGGAGGCACCGAGAACCGGUCGCCAGGAGGACUCCAAUGAAAAUGUUGCAAUCGUUGAACGCUUUGGCGGGAAAGAUCUCGCCAGGCUCGCCGACUGACAGCAACGCGAACAAGGUACACAUGCAUAACAACAACAACAACAACAACAACGUGGUGCACCACCAUCAUCCGUACGCAAAGCAGCAGCCGCAGCAACCGUCGCCGUCGUCGCAGUCUAGCAACGGGGACCAGAAGGAAAACACUAUAAUGAACAACAACAGUGUCGAGCAGCCAGAUCCUGACAAUAUAAAAAUGUUCGUGGGUCAGGUUCCGCACGACAUGGACGAAAAUGAUUUAAGGACGCUGUUCGAGGAAUUCGGUCGAGUACAUCAGAUAAAUAUCCUGCGGGACAAAAUCACCGGAAGUCAUAGAGGAUGUUGCUUUGUGACGUUUUACACGAGAAAAGCUGCACUGGACGCGCAAAAUGCUUUGCAUAAUGUCAAGACCUUCAGCGGGAUGCGACACCCGAUACAAAUGAAGCCGGCGGACAGCGAGAACAGAAGUGAACGCAAGCUGUUCGUCGGCAUGCUGUCGAAGAAGUUCACCGAAAACGACGUUAGGAACAUGUUUAGUGUCUACGGGACUAUCGAAGAGUGCUCGGUACUCAGGGAUAGCACCGGAAAAAGUAAAGCCUGUGCCUUCGUUACUUUCGCUAGUAAACAGUACGCCAUCAAUGCCAUUAAGGCUCUUCACCAUUCGCAAACGAUGGAGGGAUGCUCGUCGCCGUUGGUAGUCAAAUUUGCAGACACGCAGAAGGAAAAAGAUCAGAAGAGGAUGCAACAACUCCAGACGAGUCUUUGGAAUAUAGCUGGAGUCAACAUGGCGCCGCAUUACCUGACCAAUGAUACGCCUACUCUGGCUCCCACCUCGUUGCAAUUAUUGCAACAACUUCAGGCGACGACCAGCGCGGCGACUCCGGUUGCAGCAGGUGCUGGCGCGAGCGCUCUGUCGAAUGUUCAACAUCAAUUAUUGUUGCAACAACACCUCGGCCUCGGUGCAGCGACCCCUGCGCACGCUGCCGCACCUGCGGUACCCAGUCCACCUGAAAUCAACCCUGCGAACCUUCAAGGAUUGGCCACCCUGGCAUCGCUGAGCAACACCGCCGGUGAGUAUGCGAACGCCGGAGUCUCGCCGAUGAGUAUGCAGAACCUCGUCACCCUGGCUGCGAUGACUGGUGGGAAUAGCAACCUUCAAGUAUCGCCAAACACGUUAAGCGGACUGGCGAAUUCGACAGCAGGUAUGUCGCUAUCUGUCCUUCUUGGAAAAACCGGAAACACAGGGUCCACCGGUGGCAGCCUCAGUCCUGUGACGUCUCUAGCGCUGAACUCUUUGACGGGGACACCGUUGAACGGUUUGCAAGACUCGUUGAGCAACGCCUACUCCAGCCUACAGCAGUACGCAGGGUUCCCAGCGUUCACUGCAGCAGCAGCUGCAGCUGCGGCGGCGGCUCAGAAAGCGAAAUUCGUCACCACGGACAAACAGAUCGAGGGUCCCGAGGGCUGCAACCUCUUCAUAUACCAUUUACCGCAGCAGUUCAGCGACACUGACCUUGUUACUACGUUUCUGCCGUUUGGCAACGUGAUCUCUGCCAAGGUCUUCAUUGAUAAGCAAACGCAGCUCAGCAAAUGUUUCGGCUUUGUGUCGUACGACAACGCAACGAGCGCGCAAACAGCGAUUCAGGCGAUGAACGGUUUCCAGGUUGGCAUGAAACGGCUGAAGGUCCAGCUAAAACGAUCCAAGGAUGCAUCGAAACCCUAUUAGCCGGCGUUGCCCACCGUUCGUAGGUAGAUACCAAGGGCUUCUCGGGUACCACGGCUCGGAUCCAACGACCCUGGUGUCCAUUACCGAAAAGCCAAUGUUCACGCAUUUGAUAAGUCGCGGGCGUCGAUCGCUGAUCGGGACGUUCCUCGAUCCGAUCGGAGGAAGAUAGACAGGCAGGAACACGGUGUAGUCAGUUGGCGGUCCGCCAGUUAACCGUUUCUAGUCAAACAGUAUUUCUCGAUGGCAGUACAAACACUACAGAAAUUCGAGAGAGCGUGUUUCCUUUCUGAAGGGGACACCCGGUAACUCGUGUUGCACAUUUCCUUUUUAAGAGCCAGCGUGCAAUCAUCCUUCGAAACGAGGCUGUGAUAAUCUUGAAGACUUGAACGUGUCAUCGAACCUUAUUUUUUUGUUUUCCGAGUAUUAUACAUCUCGACAUUUUUUGCGACGUUUAUACAUAUUUUCUUCUGUUUUGUCAGUCCGUCCAUUAUUUCUCUGGUAUUCUCAGUACCUACGAGAAAAACGAAAAUGAAGUCUACCUUAUUAUUCUUCGUGUCUCCUUCUAUACUUGUAUCUCGUGGUUAAAUACGUGUUUUAUGGAUGUGUCGCUCUUCGACAACGGAAUCUCGAUGAAGCAAACACUCUCUGCUCCCUUUUCUUGAAUACAGCGGUGACUCGAGGCAUUUCAGUUCCUUGUUUUAUUUAUUUAUUUAUUUAUUUUUGUUUUUUCUUUUGUUUUUCAUUCGUGGAGGAAUCAUUCUAAUGCUUUCCGAGGUCGGUUUGACUAAGCGCUAGUGAAAAUGUUGCCAAUAUGUGUUCAAUUAAUAUGUAGACGAAUAAGGAUACUUCUUAACGUUUAAACAGUCGUUGUAUUUAAGGAACAUCGUCACUGAUUCUGUGCACGAAACAAAUACGUAAUGAUAUGAUUCGUGACGAGCUACAGUGCAAUCACUGUCUUUCAAUGAUAACUCAAUUAUCAUAAACUGAUAGAAAAAAGUAACUUACUGUAUUCUCGAAUUUAUUCGAAUUAUAAAUAUCUGUUUUUUAACGUAUACGUAUAAAGAUAAAAUUCUUCAGUCCACGUACUUUACAGCUUUAAAAUUAAGUAAAUAAAUAAAAGGAAAAAAUACACGAGAACAAUUAAUAUCUGAGGAAAAAAUCUUGUAUACCGCGCCUAGUGAAAUGUAUUUUUUUUGUGUACAGUAUUCCAAGACGAGGACUUUACUUUUGUGUUUCAAGUACAAAAAAAAAGAAUCAUAUCCAUCGACGUAGGGCUUCAGCCAACGAAAUAUUUCUGUACAUAACGUUACAGCAUCACAUUGUAAUAAGACAUACGCUCGCUUGCCAGUGCUCGUCCUUCAAUUUUCUCUAAAGAUGCAAGCCCGCACUUGGCCCUUCUACCGAACCCCUCUCUCCGCCCCUGCCCCCCUCUUUUUCUCGCGCCAGUGGUGUAAUCAAACUUCAUUUCGUUGCAAACGGCUGCCAAUCAAGCUUACUGUGCUAACUUUUGUGCACAAAGUGGAAUUACGUACGUGAAGUUUCACUAACAUUCUCCGUUGUUACGAGCUUUCCUCAGGAGAAUCGAAACGAAACAAAAAGAAAGAAGGAUCCAGAAGAAAGAGUAAAAAAAAGAAACAGAAUGGUAGUUCGCUUUGAGUUUUCUGUUUUUCACACGCACAAAACGCGAGUUGUUGAUUUACGUUUAACCGACGACCGUCCCGAGACUUUUUGCUUCUCUAUGAUUUUCUUUGUUCCCGUUUAAUACACACAAGCUGUUGUCUUUGUUAAUUUUAUACACAUCUACAUAUUUAUAUAUACAUAUACACAUCUACGUAUUUAUACACACACACACACACAAACACACACACAUAUUUUCGUAACCACCCACGAAUGCCAUGCAUUCUCCUCACUGGCAGGUAGCGAUCGAGCCGCAAGUGGUCUACCUCACUAAUUUUGUCAUGAUUACGCCACUAUUUUAUUAUGCAAUCACCGCGAGUCAGUUCCUCUCGUUCGUUGUACAGGGCACAGAAUUUCGGAACACGUUCCACUGUGACAGUAAUAUCACGAAGUUUGAUGGUUAAUUACGCUAUGACGCUUUAUUAGUUGUUAGUACUAACAUUGCCGUGUGUAUUUUUUUUCUUUGGGAUAUCGCCGAUCGUCGUACGCGCAGCGAUUCGUCGACCCUUUCCUUUUCAUUCGUUUCUUUAUUCUUUCGAGCAACAAGCUCAACCACUCCUCGGCGUAGUGUAACCUGAAUGAAAGAAAACUUUUCGAUGAAUCGUAAAGUGGCGAGGACGAAGCAACGAAAACGAAUAUUACUCAUACUUGUUCGAAAACGUGGAACAACAUUAAAUUCGAAUAUCAUUGGUUGCUUCCGUUCGACGACGACGUAUUGGCAAACUACCUGCGUACACGUUGCACGGUGCCGUAUACUUUCCGCUUGUGUUGUAGCUAUCAUCGCCGAAACUCGACGUGUACCGUCUAACUUCACUACUUCAGCAAGCAAUUCGAUAUCAUAGAUAUUAUACUUUCGAAUCACCGGGAAGAUCAAAUUAAUCGAUAACAAUAAACGACGCGUAAAUGUAGUCACCGUGCACGUAUACCCAGGGAAUCCUAUAUAUCUGGUGUGUGGUGGUGACUAACCUGUCCGUGUGUUUGUUUGUGUGCCAGCAGGUGGCCUGUGACGUUGUGACCGUGUUCUCGAUCGGAGUCGCCGUGCCAUGUCAGUCUCAGUCAGUCAAAUCGGUCAAUCGUUCGAUCGAUCAGUCACGACUCCUUGGUCAGCCUCUUGAUCAGUCAUUCUGUGUCUGUCGGUGCCUGUGCACAUCUGCCCGCUGUCUCGAUCCUCUCGCAAGAAGCGGCUGCCCGCUGAAACCCUCCAAUCCCCGAACCCCCGACAACCCCUUUUCAUCCUUCUCCCGACAAGACCCACGAAAAUCCGAUGAAAGAAUCCCGAAAGACGAACAGAUGCAACAACCGAAUCCAUCCACCUACGAGCUACCUCCAACGUGUUUCGUUCCGUGUACACCGUGCGACAUCCACGGUCGCCGUUGUUCGGUCCCGAUCCAAACUUAACCGGAACACGAAUGGCACCGAUUGUCGAUCGCGGCGCGCUUACGGCACCCUCUAACCGCCGCUAUGUAAUAGAGCCAAGUAGAGAGAAGGGGAUCCCCCGAGAUAUCAUCGUCGAGCCGGAGCUAGAGCGGACCAAGCCAGCCGCGAAACUUUGAGUCAAGGCGCAGGAUCGGAACGAAUCCGGGGCAAAUCGUCGUGGGACAAAUGAUUGAAACCCGCGGCGUGCAGGGUGUCUAGCGACCAGGGGACCGGACCGGCCGAUCAUUAUCAGAGUCGGGGAUUUAGAAAAAAUAGACGAAAAAAAACAGAGAGAAACCGGAAUGACAACCUAGCGAAGCGGAAGUCGGAGACAUCGGCGCACAAGCACUGUGUUUUAUGUUCCUCGGGCUGAACUGUGACACGCUACCUUUAUCUCUUUGUUUCUUUGUAUGUGUACAUAUUACGUAGCAUAUACGAACACGUGUGCAUACCCAUGAUAUCUCUGUGAGUGUGUAUGUGCGUGGACACGCGAGCGGACGCGGGCGCGCGUAUUCGUGCGGUCCCUGGCUGAUCGACGACUCGGAUCCCCCGUCGAACGGGGAGGAGGCGAAAUCGAUUCUCAGAUCAAGCUGUUCGUGGACCUUUAGCGUAAGGGAUAUGUUUCGCGUACAAUCACUAAACCUGGAAGCUGUUGAAGGUACCUUGUACCAUACCGAGUAACGCGUAGAGCACGGCUGUAAUUAAGAUUAGCGAUUCAGGGAAUCGAUCCAUUCGAUCGACUCGCACCAUUCGGGAUCGCCGUCAGCGUCACGAGAAACGCCUGUUUCAUAAUGUACAUACACGCACUACGACCUGCCGGGCUAAGCAGAACCGAAGUAAUUAGCGAUGAAAAGCGUAGGACAAUGAUGAGGGAUAAGGGGACGCGAGGAACGGGACCGCGACGCGAACGCGAAGCGGAGACGAACGAAACGGUCAUGCGCCGGUUCAUCGUUGUAAAUUUAAAUGGUGUAAAGAUUACCAAAAAAAAGAACCAAAAACAGAAAAAGACAAACGACGGUCGGAACAAGGAAUAUUUAAAAAAAAUAAAAAGAUGAAAAAAGAAUGAUGACGUGUAGGAGAAACGAAUACAUAAGUAGCAUUUUUUAAUGACUUUGUGAUAAAAAAAAAAUGAAAAAAAGAAACGUUGUACCGUAUAUAGGAUUGGACUAGGGUCGCUUUUUUCGGAGUCUGUGUGAUAGAAGCGUGAAAACGUGAGAUGUACACUUUUUAACGACGAGAGGCUCGCUCGGCGACACGACCGUGUUUCUCGUCAUCAAAGGAUUCACUGAACGCGCACGCGAUCGUUCUCUCUCUUUCUCUCUCUUUCUCUCUCUCUCUCUUUCUCUCUCUUUCUCUCUCUUUCUCUCUCUUUCUCUCUCUUUCUCUCUCUCUCUCUCUCUCUCUUUCCUAGUUUUGUUUUUCUUUUCUCAUUCGACGGUACCGACCGGGACGUUUUAUCGUUUAUUCGUGUCUCAUGAUCUCUGUGUUGGGUCUCACGCCUAGACGGAUGUACCAGCCCAUCGAAAGGAACGAUACGUCGUGCCCUGUGUACAUUUUUUUUAGUGCGUACAAUGAAAAGAAAAAGAAAACGGAAAAGCGAAUACAUGCCAGAGAAUACAUUUUUACUUUCGCCGGGAAAUUCCGUUCGGCGAGUCACGCGGAUA